AUGGAUCUAGUAACGAGUUACGGUCAAAGUGAAAAACUGGAGGUGGGGAAUGAAAAAAUAUAUAAAGGGGAAGUAGAAAAAAAAAAAAAAAAAAAAAAAAUAUUAAAGAGUCCCAAAGAAAAAAUUUCCAAAAAAUGUAGUAGCACAAAAUAUUCAGAAAAGGAAAAAAAAAAAAAAAAAAAAAAAAAAAAAUCGAAUCACCUGAACGGGUUGCAAAAAAAAGAGAGGAAAAAACAAGUACAGAUAGAAUAUAAGGGGGUGGAGGCGUAUACGGAGGAGUACACAGAGGAUGACGAAAUAAUCAGUUUGGAAAACUUUUGUAAAGAAAACGAAAUAAAUGACGCUAGUUCCGGGGAGGAUAACUUAACAAAUUUAGGCGAGCCCAUUCUGAGCAACAAGAGAGACAAUGAGAAUGAAAAUGAAGAAGGAAAUGAAGAAGGAAAUGAAGAAGGAAAAGUUAUCGACAUGAUAUAUGUGAGUGGACACUUAAAUUCAAUUAAUAAAAAUAUUAGUUUAAAAAAAGUAGUAAAGUUAUUAACAAUUUUUAAGGAUGCUCUAAAUUUAUUUAUUGUAGAUGAGGUGCAAGAUGAGUUGCCCAAAAUAGCAGAUAAGAAAGAGGCAGAAAAAGAGAAAAAAAAAAAAAAAAAAAAAAAUUUAAAAAAUGGAAAAAGCUGUAGAAAUGGAAGAAAUGAUAAAAUAAAAUACGCAAUGAAUGUUGACACAUCCCUAUUUGUUAUCUUUAAUGUGGUUUACAACAUUAACGAAUUCUUCUACAACAUGGCAAAUGAGGCAGAUAUGGGUAUAAAGAUAUGGAACAUAGAGAGCAUCAAAAAUAAUGAAUUAUUCGAAGUGGAAAAGAACACUGUCAGAAGUAGUAGCGCCUGUAGGGAUAUCAAUAAAAAAAUUGAUGGUAAUGGUAGUAAGGGUAAUAGCAAAAGUAAUAACAAAAGCUAUAGCAGCAAUAGUAGUAACUCUGAGCUAGGAAAUAUGUACAGUUAUAAACACAUCCAAAAAUAUAGGCCUUUCAUUGUAUACUUUUUUAACACUCUAUUACAAAAAAUAAAAAAGCUAAACAACGAUGAUGUAUGUUCAGGAAUAAUAAAAAUAAUAAAAAGAAAAGAAAUUUUAAGAUGGAUUAUUAUAUUUAGUUAUGGAAAAAUUUUUUUAAAAAAAAUUUGUAAAUUUUUUAUUAUUACCAAAAAAAAUGAUAUCUAUUUUUUUUUAUAUAUAUUAAUUCAAAAUAUGUUUGAAUUAUAUAAUGAAAAAAAAAAAAUUAUACUUAAUAGUUUAUCAAAAUGUGAAUAUGACGAAGAGAAGGAGAUUAAAAAAGCAUUUGAUGUGGAAAAAUUAAUAUACGCAAUUUAUCAAAAUUUUUUACAGACAUACUUAUUACAUUAUGGUCAUAACUAUUACAAUAUUAUAUAUUGGAAUUUUAUGAAUUUUAAAGAAAAUUGCCUAAUUGAAUUAUUUUCUUAUCUAUCACAUGAUGUUGCAUUUACAAUUGCAUUUAGGUAUAUACAAAUAAUUAUUCAAAAAAUUAGAGAGCAGUUUAAGGUUCUCCAUGAGGAGAGAAAAAGCACAAAAGGGAAGAGUACACAAGAAGGGGGUGGAAAAAAAAGAAAAAAAAAAAAAGAAAAUGAAAUGGAUAUAGAAGUGGAAAUGGGUAAAGUAAAAGGCAAAUCGAAUGCAAAAGCGAGAACGAGGGGUAAUAAAAAAGACUUAAUACAUUUAGAGGAAUUCCAUUUGCACAGUAGUUACAUGAUACUGCUUAUCAGAUUUUUAAUAAAAAUUAUAAAAGUGUGUGAUAACUUGGACAAUUUGACAUACGGUUUAACUAUAUUAAUUAUUGCUAUUUUGAAAACAAAAAUUAAUCAUAUGAAAUUUAUACCGUUCAAUUUACAAUUAAUUAAUUUUUUGAUUCGCAUAAUAGAAGAUAAAAAAAAGUAUAUUCCAUUAUUUUCUUAUUUUACUUGUAUUCUAAAUGGGCUAAAAUCAUAUAAACAUAUAAGAUCAAUUUCAAAAAAUCAAACGGUAAGAUUGACUAUUGAAAAUUUCGAUAUUAAUUCAAGUCUUCAAAUAGAUGAAAAAUUAAUUGCUGACUUUUCAAUAGCACAUCAAAUUUAUGAUAAAAUAUAUGUUCUAUUAUUUGAUUAUAUUGGUCUUAUGGUACAUCAUAUUUCUUUUCCGGAAUUUUUCUUUGCUAUUGAAUCCUAUUUAAAAAAGUAUUACGCUGAAUGUGAAAUACAUUUAUUCAAAGUGAAGAUAAAAAACUUACUUGUACAUGCAAAAAGCUCAAUUGAUAUUAUACUAAAUAAAAGAAAAAAUAUUGAUAUAUAUACAGUACAUGAUAAAAUAAAUCAUUUUGAAAAUGAAAAAUUUCCUUUAUCAAACCAGAGAUUAAUCAUUUUAAAAAAUUACGAAGAUUGCUAUUUAACAAAAAUUAAAGGUAAAUUAAGUGGACUGCAAAACAUUAAAAAUAUGAACAGUGCAGGAAAUAACCAAAAUGAGCAAUACGACAAAGAGAAAAAAAAAAAAAAUAUAAAAAGGGAAAAUAAAAAAGAAGGGGAAGAAGAAAAGGCAGCACAUAGGAGGGAAAAAAGGGCCGAAGAAAGGGGAAUAGAAAUGGAAAAAGAAAAGAAAAGAAAAAAAAAAGACAUAAAAAGGAAAAAAGAAGAUUUAAAUUGUGUAGACAAUUCUUUUCCCAAAAAAACAAAAACAGCAACAGCAACUAGUUCUACAGCCGUACCCGAAGCGGACAAAUUAGAAGUCUUUUCGAUAUCAAGUGAGGAGGAGCAAAUGCCAUAA